AGGGUUAUAAAAUGUGAAUUCGACUUCAACUGUUUUGUGAAAUGGGUACUGGUGGGUCGUUUCUGAAUAAUCCGGAAGAUGACGAUAUUUUUGGUAACGACUUGAAUGGAAGCAGCCAUGGGGUCAUCAAACGAAUCCCUGUGGAAAUAAAACCUAGAGGAAAACUAGGAAUAUUUAGUCAUGGCUCCAGCAGAAAUAAAAGGAUCGGGGGAAGUUUGCAGUCAGCUCUGUCGGUGGAUCUGGAAAAUCCGGAGGCGGAGAAAAUCAAAAAGGAAUUUGAGAUGUACAGACUAAACAAAGAAAACGACAUAGCUGACAUGAAGAAAAAAGAGACAAGAUUACAGAUAGAAAACAAACGUCAAAAAGCGGAGCUCUUAGUCCUCCAGAAAACUUGUACCAAUCUCCGGGCAGAGCGUGACAAGGCAGCAGAAGCAGAGCAGGCCGCCCAGGCCCGGGCAGCUGCAUUUCAGAGUGACAGAGACAAAGUCCAGAGAAAUUUCAAAAUUUUUAGGGAGAACAUGGAGUUACAACUACAGACAUUGUUGAGAGAUAAAAGAGCUCUAGAAAAUAAAGUGUUCAAAAUGGCAUCUGGAUAUAGUCUAGAGGAUUCAGAAACUUCAAACAGACCAGAUUUUGAUGCAUCUUUAGGAAGUCCAAACCCAGGUGACUGGUGGACAGCCCUGGAGAGUGAACCCUCACUAAGUAACAUGAGCCAAGGGCACCAGACGACAUUGAGGGGACCAGAAUUUGCACAUGGCAUGAUGGAAACAGAGGGUCCUUUCAACAAUAUUAAUAGGGAGGACUGGAGCUCGGUGAUAUCAAGUCUGACCAAGAUAAUUCCCAGUCUUCCUGAGCAUGCCCUCAGUCCCAUCAUCAGAAUCUAUGUGUCCGCCCCCCGUGAUACUCACGUUGAGGUGGAGAUAUUUCAGAAAGAAUAUUUCCCACGCCUGGCUGCACUCUGUAAUGGGGAGGGAAGGGAGUUAAUCAUGAUCCAUCUGACACUAGAUGACAAUGUUAACCUUACUCCACAGGUAAUUGAAAGACAGCAGUUAACAAGGAAGAGGCAGAUAGAAAAGUCAUCCAUAUUUGUGGGUUUUCUGGGAGAUGCUGCAGACAGGUUUACUAGCUGGGAGUACAAGUGUGGGUACUUAGAGAACGGUAGCAACCUAUCAGCAGUGUUCUCCUUCCGAGAUGGAAAAGGUAAUCGAGCCAGUCACACAGAAGCAAGUGAAUUAAAAAACAAAGUAAGACAAAAAGGAAAUGCCAAAAUAAUUGAUGGCUACACGGCACCUUCUCGUGGAGUAGAGCAGGCUGUAGCAGAGAUUGAGAAAAUGAUUAAAACUGAAGUUGGAAUGAAUACUGGACAAGAGAGCAUUGAAGACGAAGAAAAUGUUGCUGGAGAAAUGGAAGGACCUGACAAAAUAUGUGGUGGACAGGCUUGGGACAUACACGGGGAUUAUGAACAAAUGGAGGCAUUUAACUUUGCCAUCAAAUCCAGCUGUGAACUUGGAUUUGAGAAGCAUUAUGAGAGACUGAAUGCUCACAUUUCUUCUGCGGGACUCCUCCCUCCCUUGUUAAUUAUUGGGGCUCCAGGAUCUGGCAGAUCUUUGCUGUUAGCUAAAUGGAUGAAUCUACAACAGGAGAAGACUCCGUCUGGUCAGGUGUUGUACCAUUUUGUGGGGUCAGAAUCCUCGGUCAGUGCGGACCCUAUCUUCAUGAUAAGAAGGUUAACUUCCCAGCUGAUGCAGAAGGUGAACUCACCACCAGCUCUGACUGCUGAUCCAAUUAGACUGGUGGAGGAAUUUCCAAGAUGGCUGGAAAAAGUCUCAGAGAAAACCCCAGGAGGGGUCAUACUGGUUCUGGAUUCAAUCAACAAAUUUCAGCAAGCAGAGAUCCACCUAAAAUGGCUUUUGGAUCCACUACCUGUUGAUGUUAGGGUUAUUGUGACAGCAGAUGAAGAAACAUGUCCUCAAGCUUGGAGAGCAUGGCCAACACUGCAUGUUGAACCACUCAGCAACAAGAAUGUGAAAGAGCUGAUCCAUGCCGAGCUAGCCACAAUGGAUGCCCAGAUUGGAUCAGAAGACAGCUUGAUCCUGACCCAUUGUAGAACUCCGGCUACCUGUAGUCCUCUGUAUGUCAUGGUACUGGCCAGGCAUAUUGCAGGGUACCUGAAACAUGAUGGUCAGGUAGGAUCCCAGCUGGAUGUGUUGCUGACCUGUCAGGAUUGUGUCAGCUUGUAUGGCAAAAUUCUGGAUCUACUCAGGAUAAGUCUAGAAUCUCAGGAAACAAGGGGCUUCCUAAAAUCUAUAUUACGAUACCUCUAUGUCAGUCGUGGUGGACUUGCUGAGACAGAGUUACUGGCCUUGAUACCAAAUCUGUCCUGGAAUUUUCUGACCAUAUUCACUGAAGUCCUUACUGACCACUUGGUACUGAAAUAUCAAGGGGGACUACUCACUUUUGCUCAUGAACAGGUUAGGUGUGCUGUGCAGGACUACUGUUUUGGGAAGGAUGAGGCCAGGCUAGUCAGUCAGCUUAGGAAAGAUCUUAUCAAAUAUUUCUCGCAGUUUUUAAGUCCUGGGCAGGUGACUUGUCGAGUGGCAGAUGAGUUACCAUGGCUGCUAAAGAUUGAAGGAGACAAGGAAAACCUGGAAAAGUGUAUACUGAACUUGUGUAUAUUCCAGAGACUGUAUGCAAGGGGAAGGUGUGCUGAGUUGAUCAGUUACUGGCAGUCUAUCACCACAGACAAAAACAGUAUGGCUCAGGCUUACUUCACAGCUACCAGGAAAAUGGAGGAAGUUGUAGGGCAACAUGGAGGACUGAUCACUCUGCCCCGGAUUGCUGACAUGUUUGAAUCUCUGGGACAAUUCCUCAAAGACUUGGGGCUCUUAAACCAGGCUGUUCCAGCUCUACAGAAAGCACUUGAAAUCCGAGAGAUUGCUUUAGAUCCGGAUCAUCCGAUUGUAGCCAGAUCACAUCACCAGCUGGCUGGACUCCAUGCACAGUGGGGGAAAUUCUCCACAGCAGAAACCUUCUAUAAACAGGCCCUGGAUAUUUAUGUGGAUAGAUAUGGAUCUGACCACUACCUGGUGGCUAAGGAACUGGAUGCCCUUGCUGUCCUUUAUCAAAAACAGGACAAACAUGACCUUGCUGAGCCUCUUAAAAAGAGAGCUGUAUCUAUCAGAAAGAAAGUGAAGACACCAAGAUCUAAUUCUGGACAGAUGAAAUCAGUUGUGCAGAGAAGAGCUCUUCAGCUUGAGGAGUUAGCAAUAGGUCCAGACUCGUUAGACCUUGCAAGAACCCUUAAUGAGCUUGGAGUGCUACAUUAUUUACAAAAUGACUUUGAAGCCUCGGAGUCUCUGUUGAAGAGGUCCCUAGAGAUGAGAGAAGCUACACUGGGGGCGGAUCACCCUGAUGUUGCCCAGUCACUGAACAACCUAGCUGCUCUUUAUAAUGACAGAAAACAGUACGACAAGGCAGAACCUUUGUAUGAGAGAGCACUGCAAAUCAGACUGAAGCAUUUCAGUGUAAACCAUGACAGUGUAGCCUCUGUUAUAAAACAUCUGGCUCUACUCUACAGGAAGCAGGGUAAAUUUGAGUUGGCUGAGCCCCUGUACAAGCGAGCUAUUGAGAUAAGGGAGAAGUCCUUUGGUCCAGAUCACCCCUCUGUGGCCACGGCCUGUGUUAAUUUAGCAGUGCUAUACUCUCAGCAGAACAAAUACAUAGAAGCUGAACCUCUGUACAAGAAAGCCCUUCAGAUUUAUGAGGAAAGCAUGGGCCCCCAUCAUCCUCGAGUAGCAGAAACUCUGAGGAACUUAGCUGUCAUGAAAUAUGAAAUGAGAGAUUUUGAAACUGCAGCCAAAUUGUACAAAAGAGCAACAGAAAUCAAAGAUGGGGAUAAUUCUUAUGGGGUCAAGGUCAUGUCACGAAGGUGUUCUAGCAGUGACACAAAUUCUACUGUAAAACUGAUGAUGAAUUCGUAGUUAGUUAGAUCAAAGGUUUUUUAAAUUUUUAAAAAAUAUUACAUUAAGUUAAGAAUGCAAACCUGUUGUAAUAAUUUAGCUCCACAUUUCCCAACAGAAAAUAUUACAAGUGAAUUUGGCAGUGCUGAUUGGUUAAUUUUCAAUCAAUUAAUUAAUUACAUUUCAAUGCCACAUAUUCAUGUACAGUAAAACAAGCUUAUAAAGAAGUGCCAGGGAUGGAUGAUUUUGCUUUGUUAUAAACAUAAUUUGUUAUAUCCGUUAAGUUCACAAUAUAUUUUAAAGCCAGAGAGAAUGAAAAUCACUUCGCUGUAAGCGUCAAUUUGUGAUAAGAGUGUUUGCUGUAAGCAUGUUUUACUGUAUUAUCAUUUCUAUUUAGUCUGUCAUUAUAUGGUCACACAAAAAUCAUCAUGUACAUGUAUAAUCAUUAAUUUUUGUAGUGUUUUAUAUUUAAAAAAUAUCUUAAAAAAGAAAUUCAGGAAAAAAAAGGUAAUAUACAUGUAUCAAACAUGAUCACAUUAAUGUAAUACUUGUAAAUCAAAAGAAGUCACACUUUGGAAUCAUGACUGAAGCUCAUCAGUAAAUUCUCUGCACCAGCAGAACAAGCAAUAUGGCUACCCCAAUUGUCUCAUAUGACUCACUCUUUGGAGCUUAAAUUAGUUGCAUUUCAUUGGCCAGUGAUAGAUAUAAAAUUCUCAAUAGUUAGAAUUCUUCAAGACAGAAUUGAAUCAUUUUAUGUCAGAUUCGUAUGGGACAAAUAUUAUUUCUAUAAUGACUUAUUGCAAACAUUGCAACUAAUUACAAUUACCAUCUUGCUAAUUAUUGGUUAACCAGUAAGCAAAUGUUAUCACUAAAUUCUGUGCAUCUUUCUACUGGCUUUUCAUAACAUAACCCUUGUGCCAAAGAUAUGUUGGUGUUCAAUGAUAUGAAUGUAACAUUUUUACCAUUCUUUUUUGAUAUAUGCAAAUGGCUGCAAUAAAUUUUUGGAUGGAAUUUUAAAAGCAUCUACUUUUAAAAUGGGAAAAUUACAUUUAUGUAACGCUUAAACAAUGGAAUUCACAUUUACAUGUAUGUGCAUUUGCCAUGUGGAAAUUUGUGACACUUUGGUUGCUUAUACAUUUAUUAUUAUCUUUGACAUACUUGUGUAAUAUAAUGCCUGAUUUAAAAUAAGGCAUUGUGGAAAUUUUGAUAAUUUAAUGAGGAUAAUCAACACUGCCACCUACCCCCUCCCCCCAAAUCUUUUUUCCAAACGAACUCAUUUUUGUCCGUCCCAUCAUUGAGAUCCGUCCUCUUGAUUAUUUUUAUUACAAAUUUUGUCCCAAUUUUGUAGACUCGGAGUAGUAUUUAUUCAAAGGUUUCUGUGAUGAAAUAAAUAGAAUUUUUAUAUCAAAAUUUUGGAGUAAACAUACACAUGUACAUGUAUUAGAAGAGAUUAAGUCUGUAAAUCUG